AGGCUGAAUGAUGAGGAGGCAGAUGCUUGUCAGCUGCUGUGCUCCGUCACCCUGGUAUGCUGACACCUGCAUCAUAUAAUAUUCAUUAUCCUCCUAACAGCCCUAUCACUGUUACUGCUCCUCCCUACCAAAGGGGACAGAAUCUGGAAAGAGGCAUUGGGGUAUUGGUUAAAAAAAUCUUUAAUUUGCUACCCCCUUUUUUCUUUUUUUUCCUAAGUAGUUAAUUGGUUUUCAUUUGAGAUUGAGUAGUAAUACUAUUGUCCUGUGCUCGACUUCUCAUUCACAAGAUCACCAACACUUGUGCACUUUUUAAUGGUGUGAAUCUAUUAUUCUUAUUCUCAGACCGUUGUUUACCUGCAGCUAUGUAUUUUGGAUAUUACUUCCUCACAUCAACACACGUCUAAAGAUUUAAUCAUCAUGUGUUGUGAUCCUAGUAUGAAAGCAGUGAAAGUCUGUUCAGCACACUGAUGUCUCAUAUUUUAUCAUUUGAAAUGGAUUGCUACCUACAUUCUGUGUAUUUAAUUUGUCUAAAAAAUUGCUUUGGCCAAAUUUUCACAUCUUAGAGUUAUUCAAUUUACUCUAAUGGUCUUUAACUGAGAGUUAUGUUCACACAAUGAAGGAUAAAAUGGACAGUUUUUCAUUCUGUAUAGUUUAUUGACUACAUAAGCAAGACAAAGGCAAUCAAAAGGGAAAAACAGCCCUUUGCUACUUAAUAUUUUUCCUUUUGUAGAAAUAAAAGAUUUAGUCCAGCAAAGCAGAAAUUCUUUCUCAAACAAAAAGCAUGCUCAAGUCUCAGUGAAAUAAAUUGGCCUAAAGCAUGCUCUCUUAUAAAUUCCAGGCUGGGCAUGCAUUUUGUUGAGUCAAGAAGGAUGUAAGUGACUCACUGGGCUGUGUGGGAACCAGGGCCAGAAUCAGAUUGGUGUGCUAACCAGACAAACACAUCAGCCCAGAGAAAUGCCUCAGUUUCAAAUGAGCCACCAGGAGCAGCUGCUGCCCAAUGGCCCUUCAGAUUGCGAUCUAUGGAGAGGAAUACAUAAGCGGAUAAAUAUGGCUUUUAAGAGUGAGGACCACUUAGAUUCCCUUCCUUUACCUGUUCAGCGCAUGCAUUUAAUUCAGGUGGACUCUGUUCAGCGGUGGAUGGAAGAUUUGAAGUUGAUGACAGACUGCGAAUGCAUGUGUAUUCUCCAGUCCAAGCCGAUCAGCACUGAGAAGGAUGAACAAAAUGAACUCAUCCUUUCCUCACAGUACAGCACAAGUGAUAACUUACAGCUGCUAUUAAAAAGAGCUUGGAUAAUAAGCACAGAGUUGACCAGGAUUGCUCAAAAGUUGGAGAAGAACAGAUGGCAAAGAGUCCACAGUGUGACAGUAAGAGUCAAUUGCCACGUACGUUCCAUGAUAAAUGAAUACAAUGCAUUUACCAGGAGUUCGUCAGAAGAAAUGCAUCAGCUGGAAAAACUUCUAAUAGACAAGUGUUCAGAAUUUACUGCAUUUACAGAAAGGUGCAUACAAAUGGAGGAUGAACAGAUGCUGAGGUCUAUGAAAUCUUGUAUUAAUGAAACGCUCACUACUGUUGCUCAGUAUUUUGGCCAGUUGAUAGAGCUUGUUUUAACGCAUGAGGCACAGAACCUGCUGAGACAAAUAGAGUUGUCGGAUAGCGUGUACAUCACUGAAUCAGCAAUUAAUAGCUUAUUCAGCCUCACCCAGGAAGGUACUCAUCUGUGCCGUAUCAUAGCUAAGGAAGGAGGUGUCGUUGCUCUUUUUAAGAUCUGUCGCCAGGAUUAUUUCAGGUGCCUUUAUCCCCAGACACUGAGAACACUGGCAUCCAUUUGUUGUGUAGAGGAAGGGAUGCACCAGCUGGAAAAGGUCGAUGGAAUACCGUGCCUGGCUGACAUUCUUACUGAUAACACCCAUUCAGAAGCCACUCAUGCAGAAGCAGCAGCAGUAAUUGCACAGAUCACAUCUCCACAUCUCACAUUCACUCAGCAUCUCAGCGGUUUCCUGGAAAAUAUGGAAGAAAUUGUAACAGCACUUGUUAAACUGUGCCAAGAAGCCUCAUCUGGUGAAGUUUUCCUGCUGGCUUCAGCAGCUCUUGCCAAUAUUACUUUCUUUGAUACCAUGGCUUGUGAAAUGUUGCUUCAGCUAAAUGCUAUGAAGAUUCUUCUAGCAGCGUGUUCAGACAAACAUAUAGUGGAUACUCCAUAUUCCCGAGAUCAGGUGGUAACAAUAUUGGCAAACUUGUCUGUCUUGGACCAAUGUGCUUCAGAAAUCAUUCAAGGAAAUGGUGUUCAACUUUUAAUGGAAAUGCUCUUCGAAAGGUCAUCUUCGGGAAAUUCAGCAGAAGUUGCUGCUUGUGAGCGAGUCCAACAGAAAUCUGCAGUUACACUGGCACGACUCAGCCGGGAUCCUGAAGUGGCAGAUGUUGCUGUAAAACUCAGCUGUAUUCCUCGCCUAAUUAAACUUUGCAGAUCACCAACUGAAAGAAAUAACAGUGAUUCUGUUUUAGUAGCAUGCCUGGCAGCCUUGCGAAGACUAGCAGUUAUGAGUCCUGAUGGACUUGAAGAUUCAGAUUUUCAGCAGUUAGUGAAGCCCAGGCUUGUGGAUUCCUUCCUGCUAUGCACAAAUAUGGAAGAGAGCUUUGUAUAAAUAUGACAGGCUCCAGGAAAUUGCUAAGCUGUGAUCGCCUUCCACAUUGUCUGAAGAACCUCUCUUGCUUCAAGCAGUGAUAAAUGGUGACCACCUUUUUUUUCCCUCUAGAAUAUAUGGUUUAAGAAGUCUCUGCCUUAACAUUUCAUCUUAGUGAUCUCUUCAUUUAACUAUGAACUCUAUCUUAACAGAAGUUUUAAAAACACUAGAAGACACACAUGAAUGUCUUAAGCAACUGUUCAAAGAUAAACAGUGAAUCAGAUGUUUCACAGAUGUGAUUUCCUAGUAAGAGAUGAAUUCUACUUUGUUUGCAUGCUUUGAGACAGCUCCUUAAAUGUAUGACAUUGUUAAGAUGUACUGUACUGUACAGCUUUUAAAAUGUUACACAAGU